AUGGAGACACUAGAGGUGAAUAUCUUCAAGAGGAUUCUUUCCAUAAGUGAGGUUGGUGUGCUUAAAAAGGGUUUGGACUUUGUACCAUCAUUUGAUGGAGACAAACUUGAUUUGAAUGUUGAACUUUAUAAAUUUUUCAGGACAUUACAUUUAAAAGUUUUCUUUUCAGGUGACAACAUACAGAGAGAUGCCCAGAAUAAUGAUAAUUCGAGGGUUCCUGGUCCUGUUGAUUUAUCCAAACGUAAAAAUAAAAGUAAGUUCACAACUCCAGCAACUAAUCCCAUGGUGGAAACCUUUAUCAAAUUGUGUCAAUUGGAUCUUUCCAAGAUCAAAUGGUCCCAGAAGGGACAUUCGAAUCUGACCAAAGAGGAAUGGAGUGCUUUGAACACUCUGAAACGGGAUGACUCCAUCAUUGUCCAUGCAGCGGACAAGGGGGGUGCCAUUGUUGUGAUGGACACCGACAAAUAUGAAGAGGAAGCGUUAGCCCAACUUUCUAAUCAGACCUAUUAUAGAAAAUUAUCGGGUGAUCCGACUGAGAAUUUCCAUGGAAAAAUCCAUACUAUCACAUUGCAGGCAUUGGAUGGAGGCCUGAUUAACAAAAUUUUUUUAGAAUUUUUGAAUAUCUCUAUACCCCAGGCACCUUUUCUUUACCUACUUCCUAAGAGUCACAAUAAUAUUUUGAAUCCUCCUGGAAGACCAAUAGUGUCUGGAUGUGGGUCGCUGUUACAACCAUUAGCACAGUAUGUUGAUGCUUUUUUACAGAUACUAGUGGUACGGAUGAAAUCCUAUACAUGGGACAUGACCUACUUCUUGGGGAAAUUGAAUGGAUUACAAUCCUCUUAUGCUGGUACUGUUCUUUGUAUGAUGGAUGUAUGCAGUUUUAUACAUCCAUUCCUCAUGUAG